AUGGCGUCAGGAGCGCAGUCGUUCUACGAGCUGUACCGUCGAAGCAGCAUCGGGCUCGCCUUGACAGAUACCCUCGACGACUUGAUCAGCGAAGAGCGCAUCAACCCGCAGCUGGCGAUGAAGAUCCUCGGGAACUUUGACCAGGCCAUCACGGAAGCGCUGCAGAAGAACGUCAAGAGCAGGCUGCAAUUCAAGGGGAGCCUCGAUACCUAUAGAUUCUGCGACGAGGUGUGGACCUUCUUGAUCAAGAACGUCACCUUCAAGAUGGACAACGGCAGCCAAUCCGUCCAAGCGGACAAGGUCAAGAUUUCGCGUCUAGUUGUAGAGUGUUUUGACUUGCCGUUUGCGCAAAGAAGCGGAUUCAAAGUCGUGAUGGCCGUUCAAACCCACCGACCCCGAGGUACCUCAAGUUCUCCACACGACAUGCAGACGUCCCGGCCCAUCCCAUGGGUUCCGGACUUGGCGCCUCGAAGUGUCCAAGCCACUCCAUCAACACCAACUUACAACGCAGUCCGCCCAUAUCCAGCACUCAUCCCGCAUCCUCCAGGAUUCAAAGAUCAUGGUCCGCCAGCGUCGCGGCAGGAUGUCCAGCGCCGCAGCCCAACCCGCACCCACCAUGGUCUCCGGCCCCCAGACUCCCGCAUCAACCCGCACGCAAUGGAUCAUGUACGCCGUCGCGAGCGGCGCCUGCGCGGCGUUCAACGGCGUCUUUGCAAAGCUGGCAGAACAACUACGGAACUCACAUCAACCCUGGCCCAUAACAUGGCCGCCGUCUUGUCCCUCUCCUCGCACGAGAACAUUGUAGAAGUUGCUGUCCGCGCCAUCUUCUUCGGUCUGAACCUCACAUUCAACGGCAUUAUGUGGACGCUCUUCACCAAGGCCCUCGCAAAGGGGACCUCCACCACGCAGGUCAGCAUCAUCAACACUUCUACCAACUUCAUGCUUACUGCGCUGCUGGGGCUGUUCAUUUUCGCAGAGGCCUUGCCCCCGCUUUGGUGGGCGGGCGCGUCGCUGCUGGUCGCUGGGAAUGUGAUUGUCGGCAGGAAGGACGAGGACGGAGAUGAGGACGCGCCGGGCGAGGUUGGGGGUGAGGAGCGGAACGACGAGACGAUUCCGCUUUUGAAAGAGGACGGCGAUGAGGACGAGGAUGUAGCUGAUUUGGGGGACUUGUCUAGAUAG